UGCAACCUCCAAGCGAGAGCAUCUAUAUCAGGGCAUGAAAUGGCAUUUCGCCCUUCUGUUGAGUUUAUUCCUACAAAGGAAGAGAUAAAUUCUUAUGAGCUCAUGUUUGAGGAGGACCUUCCAAAAUUUAUUCCAAGAGGAUAUGAGUUCCUUAGAGAGGUUCCUGUUUACAUGAAUCUCAAAGAAUGUUUUGAACGUUGUCUUGACUUUUACUUGUGCCCAAGGACUCGAAAAAAGAGGCUUAACAUUGAUCCUGAAGAUUUAAAGCCUAAGUUUCCAAACAAGAAAAACCUGCAACCAUACCCGACAACUUGUUUUCUGGAGUACAAGGGCCACACAGGGCCUGUUACAUCAAUUUCUAUUGAAUCAUCUGGUCAAUUGAUUGCUUCUGGUUCAAUUGAUGGAACUGUGCGUAUCUGGGAGAUUGAAACCGGUAGAUGUCUGAGAGACUGGAAAUUUGAUGAGCCAAUCCUGCAUGUUGCAUGGAAUCCAAUUUCUGAACUUCCUAUCUUGGCUGUUGCUGGACAAGAUGUGGUUCUUUUGAAUGCAAGUCUUGGAAAUGCUGAGGAUGAAGAGAAGGUUAAAGACCUGCUUGUUUCAGCACCAGUUGAGAUAGAUGAAUCAAGUGAGCUACUGAUGCUGUAUCUGUUAAUUUUGCCAACUCAUGCGUGUUGGUCCUUAUUGCUUCCAAUUUGCAGUAAUUAUUCCAAGGACAUUAAUCAUGUUGCCUUCCAUCGUUCAUAUCCACUGUUUGCUUCAUGUUCGAAUGACUGCUCAGCAUAUGUCUUUCACGGAAUGGUGUAUUCAGAUCUUAAUGAGAAUCCUUGCAUUGUGGCGCUUGAGAUUCUAGAGGGGCAUGAAAGUGCAAAUGGCAGAGGAGUCCUGGAUUGCAAAUUCCACCCUAGGCAGCCUUGGCUAUUCACAGCUGGUGCUGAUUCUAUAAUUAAGUUGUUUUGUCACUAAUCUAUCAUUUUACAACGAGAAUGCACAUCAUCAACUGCGGCUCUGGAAAUAGAACACACCACUGGAAAUUUUUGGAUUGUGUACAUAUGAAGAGUCUUGGCAGCUUCCCUCCGCACAUUGGUUGGUUAAUUUACCUGUAUGCUAAAAGAACCAUGGCAGAGGAUGAUUGGGAACAGAUGGGCUUGUGUCAGGCAAGAGGCAUUUCAUCCUGCUAAGUGCUGUCAGCUGUGUCUCUUGGAUCUUUCUAUUAAUGUUGACCAGACCUUGUUUUAUGGUGAUCUUGAUGUGUUAGCGAUUUACAAACAAUGGUGGUAGCGUGUUGAGGAGGAAUUUACAUGGCAGGAAAUUGAUGUCGUUUGUUGCCGCCAUCCACGAGUCGAAUGGGCCGACUCUGCCACAUUCGACAACUGAUCACAAUAUAUGACGACGCUGAAUUCAAAUAUUUUCUGGCACUGAAUUGUUGUGUCUGACUAGUUUGCUCUUUCGUCUAUCCUGAAGCUACAUCUGCGACAUGGCUAAUUUAGAUGACUUAUUGGUUUAGGUUUGUUCUCAGCUUCACACGGUUGGCUGAUUCUUGCAUGUCUAAUAAAAUUUAUGGAUUCAUCUUGGCCACUGCUUACUCAGGUGCUUCUGUGUCCAUCCUUUUUGGGCUUCAUUUGCUAAUUACUACGUUUUCGUGCUUCUUCACAUGCUCGAGCUGGACUUUGUAUAAUCGAGUUAAUCGAGCAAGAAGAGUUUUGUGUAUUCGAGUUAAGCGAGUCAAGCUCGUCAAGCUAAGCUCGCUCGAGCUCGACUAUUGUAUAAUAGAGUCGAGCUUGAGCUUGACUUUGUAUAAUCGAGUCGAGCUCGAGCUUGUGUUAGUCUGUUCGACUCGAGUUCGAGCUCAAGCUCGUUGAGCCGAGUCGAGCUCGGCGUAACUAGAGAGUGAGGAGGCGGGGAGAAUCGAGAGGGCGUCAUCGAGGGGGAGGCGGGCAGAGCCGACGACGAGCGGAAAUGCAACAGAGAUGGAGGAGGACGAGGGGUGGAUGUCA